AUGACUACUUGCAUAGGUCCCAAACUUAAGUUUGAAUUACUACAAAACAAAAUAGUUUCAUUUAAUUACAUAUAUGAAUUGGAGUACUAAGAUUAAAUUUAGAAACUAAUGGAAAAGAAAGUGAGUUUUGCAGAUUCUUCUAUAGUAUUCUUGCAUUACUCAGAAGAAGAAAUAUUCCACUUCAGGGAAAGAUUGAGAGCUUAGUUACAAUAAGAGAAAACAGAGACUUUAUUUUUAAAUCCUUCAUUAUUUGAGACAAGUUUAUAAAGUAAGACGAGAUCUUGUUUUAAACCAGUUGAGAAUUGA